CACCACGUCAAGCCCAUCAGGGCACCAAGUGGCCUCGCCGGUGCGCUGUUCACGGGCAACCUUUCCUAUUCUCGCUAAUCGAGAUCGUUGUUCAUGAUGUUAGUUAGUUAACAGGUCGGGGAUGACACACUCUCAACCAUGAUCAUUCUCAAAUGCCACAGCUGCCAAUUGCCAUCAUGUUCGAUCGUUAAUCAAAUCUGAAGAAAAAAAAAAUUAAUUGAUCAGAAAAAUGGGCAAAAAUCAGAAAAGGAAAAGCAGACAGGGCAAUUGGAGAGUCGCGACUGCUCAGGAAUGCGGAGAAAGUCGAUAUGCUGCGUUUCCUCGUGAGCCACUCAGCUGCAUUCUCUCUGCCUUCUUUUUUUUUAUUUUUCAUGCAGCUAUUUCUUUUUUCUAUUUUAAUUUUUCUUUUCCGAAUUCUUCCUCCAACAUCAUUCCCUCGCUUCCUCCUUUCUUUUUUCCUGUCAUUUUUACCUGUUUUCUGGCCAAUGUUGGUUCAGCCGGAAGAAAGAGACUAACCAGUAGUACUCUUCUAUCCUAUCCAUUCAGAUCAAGAACCCUCGAGCACUCACACAAUGGCCGUCAAACUCACUCGCACACUUUUUCUUCUCACCCUCUCAUUCUCGGGGGCUGGUCCAUAUCUAGAUCAAUUAGACUGGGCUGUGCCUCGUUCAUCCGUGAGUUACUAUACUUGCAACGUUGCGUUCCCCCUCCCUCUCCUUCAACUGCAAGGGUACCGAGAAAGGUAUUCUCAAUGCAGACCGAGUGCAGAUGGCUCACUUGAUCAUUGACCAUCCUCGCCAAUAAUUUCUCUCCAUUGCCUUGGGAUUCAUCACAAUUCCCGUGCACCCGGUAGCACCAGCACACUAUGCA